CAUUUACCAAGAAAAUACAUAAAUUAUACAGUCAAACCGGACGACACAUUACAGGGCAUAGCUCUUAAAAAUGAUUGCUCGGUGUCAGCCAUUAUUCGUGCUAACAAGUUAUGGUCGAUGGAGGCUCUUCACCUGAAGACAUCUAUACGGAUACCUAUAGGAAAUGACGGUUCUCGGACAACGGGUAGCAUUAAAGAACUGCGAAGUCAACGCAGUGAGCCAUCGAAGCCUGUAGAAAAGAUAGAUGACCGCCCACAAGAAAGCAUGAGGGACAUUUUAAGUCGAAUCGAUGCCACAAUAAAAACUACGUCUACAACGGUGCGAAAACUUGAACGGGAAUCAACAUUAGAUGAAAUAGACCGAUCUCACGAUGAAUGUCGACCAAGUCGAUCAAGGAGGCAAAUUUCACUUCCGAAAGUACUACAUAGUGAUUAUUAUAAUGAAUUGGCUUAA